CUGUGUAAAAAACUUACAAAAGUUAAGUCUUCUAAAAGGAUAAAGUAAAUUUUUCCAAGUUUUAAAUUUUACAAACUUCAGCUAUAGAUAUGAAUUAUUCAACAGUAAGUAACAAAACUAAUUUAACAGAGAUGGAAGAAUUGAGUGAUGGGGAGAUCAGUGAAAAAUAUUACUUGCUUCGAAAACAAUAUGAUAAUCUAUCUAGCAACUACGAAUCGACUAAACAGGAACUUCACGAAACCAAACGUAACUACCAAACUGCUUUAGACGUGCAGAGUCACUUGAACGCCGAGCUGGAGAGCGUGCAGGCGGGUGAAGAGAAGCGCCGCGCCGAACUCAGCACUCGUAUAUCAAUGCUGCAAGAACAGAUACUGACUUUACGCGAGGAGCAUUCGGACACUGCCGAGCGCCAUGCGAAAGAAGUGAAGGAAUUAGAAACUGAGAUUCGUCGUUUAAAAGAAGCAAACGCCACUGUAGACAAUAGAGCAUCUCCCGAAAGAGAUACGGGAGAGUUGGAUGAAAUUCGCCUCGCAUUGUCUUCAGCUGCCUCUGAAGCGGCGUCUGCAAAGUUGGCCCUCGAAGAAGCGCGCAAUGAAAUUGUGUCGUGGCGUCUUAAAGUGGAAGAACUGGUGACAGAAAUGGGAGAACUGAGAGCGACAUCGGAGGUUCGUCGCGAAGAGUUAAAGGCCGCCGCGGAGCGCGAGGCUGCGGCGCUGGCGGACCUGGCAGAGGCCCGAGCUGCGCUGCAGCAGCUCGACGCGCAGGCUUCGCAGCCGCAUGCGGCUAAGGGUAACUCAAUAUUUGCGGAGGUGGAGGAUAAAAGGCAGGAGAUGGCCAAGAACUUGAUACAAAUGAAGCAAACCAAUUCAAGGCUGAGAAGAGAGGUGGCCAGCAAGCAGGCGGAGGUGGAGGCACUGCUGCAGGAGAAGCAAGCGCUGUGGGAGGCACAGGCCGGUGCUGCUGCGCACCAUGACCGUGAACUGCUCGAGGGGUACUGCGAGCGCAUCACGCAGCUGGAGGGCGUGUGCGAGCGGCAGCGGCGCGAGCUGGCGCGCUGGGGCCGCCAGCAGGACGCCGCGCACCCCCCACACCCCGCCUGGCUGCCCGCCGUGCUGCAACAUCUCAAGUACUCCCCCCGCACUAUACUCAUACUAUUUCAUAUUCACUUCAUCACUUGUAGAUGA